AUGCUGAGAUUCGGGCAGCACCUCAUCAAACCCUCCGUGGUCUUCCUGAAGACAGAGCUCUCCUUUGCUCUCGUCAACCGGAAGCCAGUGGUCCCAGGACAUGUCCUUGUUUGCCCUCUGCGGCCAGUGGAGCGUUUCCGUGACUUGUGUCCUGAGGAAGUGGCCGAUUUAUUUCGUACAGCGCAAAGGGUUGGGGAUGUGGUGGAGAAGCACUUCUGUGGGACCUCGCUCACCAUAUCAAUUCAGGAUGGCCCUGAAGCUGGACAAACAGUGAAGCAUGUUCAUGUCCAUGUCCUUCCUGCACUUUCAGGAGAAAUCCUUAGAAAUGAGGUGCUUUGGAAAGAAUUGCAACAACACGACAAAGAAGAUUCCUCUGACAAGUGGAGGACAGAAGAAGAAAUGGCAGCUGAAGCAGCAAUUCUGAAGAAGUAUUUUCAGGAAAAUUAA